AUGUCUUCCAACCUUGCAGUUGUCGUCUGCCAUGGUUCUUACCAUACCCCAGCUCCAUACCAACCUCUCGUCGAUGCUCUCACUGCGAAAGGAAUUGAGACCUACUGCCCCCAAAGGCCGACCUGUGAUCUCAGCCAACUGAACGUCGGAAAUAUUAACAAUCCUGACUUCGAUCGAAAGGCUCCUGCAGGAGGCUACCCACUUCCUGCCGACGAUGCAGCUGAGGUUGGACAAAUGCUCGACAAGUUGAUCGCACAAGGUAAAUUUGUGCUGUUGGCUGGACACUCUUCAGGUGGGUGGGUUGCGGCGGAGGCUGCCCAGCAAGCACGACAAGCUCCAUUCCGCAAAGAACAAGGUCAAGGCGGUGGUGUCAUUGGAAUAUUCUUCAUUGGGGCUUUCAUUAUUCCAUUCGGGCAGUCUGUCCACGGUUUCUUCCAACCCAAGGAUGGGAGCAUUGUUGUUCCUCCAUUCAUGAGAUUCCACAAACAUGGAGUCAAAGGCCUCGGUACGAUGGUCAACCCUGAGAAGUAUCUCUUCAACGAUCUCGACCAGGCAAGCGCUCAGAAGUGGGUUGCUACACUCACAGCAGCGCCCGUCAUGACCAGUCCUCUCACUCACGACCCUUACUCUGCUCUACCGUGCGCAUAUCUGGUGCUAGAAAAGGACCUUACAUUGCCAAAGGUUUAUCAAGAGGGCAUGGCGUCAAGUCAGAGAAAGGAAUUCACAGUCUAUCAUGCCCCCUGUGGACACUCUCCGCAUAUCACUUGGACCGAUGAGCUGGUGGAGACGAUCGAGAAGUUUGCAAGUCAGGUUUUGACCUAA